AUGAGUCCAGAGGACGUCCAGUCCAAUGAAGAUGAUCACCAAUCUUUAAAUUCAUCGUCAAUCACGACUGAAUCCGAGAACAGCAAUGCUUUAGAUCAGGAUGAAGUAUCAUCCACAAAAAGUUUGCAAAGUGAUGAUGAUGAAAAAUUCCCAUUCACCAAGAGUGAUGAUCCUCUUCUUGCCGAAUAUGUACGAAAAAAAGCAAUGGAAAAUAUUGAAAAAAAGAGAAAAUUAUAUAUUGAUUAUAAGAAGGAACAAAAAGGAAGAAUGAUUUCUUUUUUAACAUCAAUUUUGACAGAUCCUGUCGCUCCAAUAUUUAAUCAAGUCUUGAAGCAAUAUUUAAAACCAAUUAAUUUUUCAAUAUUUGAAGGAAUAGAGGCCGAGAAGGUCAAAAAUUUGAUUUCUUCCGAAGAAGAGAUUGAAAAAUUGAGAAAGUCUAUCGAAGGAAUUCCUUCAAAUAUUUUUAAUGAAGAGAAACGAAGAAAUCUUGACACGACAGGGCAAGACUUUUCACAAAUGCCAGCAAUUACCAAAGAAGAUGAAUCAAGAUAA